AAUUCUUGACAGAUUUACACGCCGUCACUUACUUCACGAACGAGGCCUUCGAGGGGGACGAGGACACGGAGGAACCCGUCUUCCAGCGGGGACAGGACCAGCCCCCCGACCUCCCGGGCACCGACAGCGAGGACUCGGAUGGCGGAGCUGUUAGCUUUCCCAGUUUCAAAAAGAAGAAAUCCCCUACUCACUUCACCUUCUCUGCUGACGUCCACGAUCUUGACGUCAGCGGGGAAACUGCUCUCUGAUUACUUCAAUCAAAUGACUUCAGUGCUUCUAGCUGACGCCUGGAAAUUGCGAUUCCUGCCGCCGUUGCCUGUGGUUCUUGUCGCCAGCUGCCCUUUUUAAAGAACCUUCUGUGACUCAGCUCUUUGGUUCUCGCCUACAUGUUUUUUUCUCUAAUGACCCUAUGUGGCCAGUCCCUCUGCCUUUUUUUAACAACUCUAUGUGACCAGUUCUUAACCUGUCUUUUUAAACAACCCUAUUUGGCCAGUCCUGCAUCUGCCUGUUUAUGAGACACCCAUACGUGGCCAGUCCCGCAUGUCUCUUUUAACAACCAAAUGUGGUCAGUCCUUCAUCAGACUCUUUUUAACAACCAUACGUGGCUCAGCCCUCUAGUUCUUGCCGUAAUCUGUUUUUAUUUAUCUAUUUUUUAACAACCAAAUGUGGCUCUGUAAUUUGGUUCUUGCUGUCAGCCGCUGUCAGCUUUUGGUCAGAUCCUCUUAGUCAAAUUAUCACUUUCGGUUCGAUUUCUCUCUCUCUCUCUCUCUCUCUCUCUCUCUUCUCUCUCUCUCUCUCUCUCUCUCUCUCUCUCUCUC